UUUAUGCAUUGCGCAUCCCGCUUUGCAAUCAGAGGACUUUUCGUUCCACGCCGAGAAGGAAGUUUUCUCGUAUUGUUUUCCACUGACGUUCAUAGGAAGCGAUUGGAAAGUAUAUAGUCAACCGCAAAUUUACAAGUAUAAAAAGAAUACACUGUCGGAGAUAUAAAAUUUGUUUCCAGGUAAAUACUGGCAGGAAGUAGGGAACCGUAAUGAUGAUGAUUAUACACUGCAGUGUUCUAGCUUUGUUACCAUGACAACAAUCCUUUGAAACACAAAUGUUAAAUUACAAAGCCCAAGACCGCAUUGAACUGCUCGUGCGUCAAGCAUGUGUCUGUGUUUGGGUCCAACAGGAUCUGGAAAAACUCUUUUGUUGAAAAAAUUGCAAAACAAAGAGACAAUAGAUUUCACUUCGAAUACGGUACCCACUGUGGGCACAAACCUAGUGACAAUUAAAUUAGAAAAUCAAAAGGAAAUAACAAUACGCGAAAUAGGAGGUGCAAUGGCACCUAUUUGGAAAAACUACUAUCAAGGAAUCAAUAAAAUUGUUUACGUCGUGGACACCAGUAAUUUGUGUCAAAUCGCUGCGGCUGGUGUACUCUUGUAUAGUAUUUUGGCAGAACCUUCCCUGAAGAGAACAAAGAUACUACUUGCUUUAUCAAAAAUGGAUGUUUCUUACCGGCAAAUGAGAAAUGAAGCAUUACUAAUGCUCCAACUGUCUCGAUUAAAAGAGGAGAUUUCACAAGAAAUAACAGUCAUAGAGACUAGUGCAAUGACAGGUGCUGGAAUUGAUGAUGUUUUAAAGUGGCUACAAGGGCAAUACCUAAGGCAGGAUCAAAAGAAAAUGAAAUAAUUUCUUUGUUCAUAUUUUGCAUUAAAUACAGACUCUAAGAAUAUUAAAUAGAAAUAAGAUGAGUUUAUGUGUUAUUGUGUAAAUAAGUUAGGUCCAUAAAAUUUGUGACUCCCAAAAGUGAUUGCAGAAUGCCCACAAAAGUUUCAUAACACAAUGAUGAUAAUUAUUAUAUUCAUUUGUCAAUAAUGAUUGUAUGUAACUAUAGUUGGGAAGUUCAUGCAAUUGCAUGUUUUUUGUUAGUGGUCAUAUUUUCCUGUAACUUCAAUUGUGUAUGUUGAUGAAAUAUGCACACAAAUUCUUAAGAUAUGCCGCAUUUGGUAACAAAAAUGUUUGUUUUUUAAUGACAUUACAUAUUUUUCCAUUUAGAGAAGGGAAAUAUGCAAAUUAAAAAUAGAUUAGUAUCUACACAGGGCACUUCUGCACUAUGGCAAAAUAUUGAAAAUAAGGAAAGAAACGUUUUGCAUAUAUUGUAUAUUUUGCAUAUUCUGAGCUUUUUGGCAUAUAAAUAAAGGUUUUUGCAUAUUUUUUGACUUUUAACCUAAAAUAUCUCAAAUAUAUGAAUUUCCAUAUACAAAUAUUAAUAAUGGAAAGCAUGAACUUUCUUGAUGUUUCAAGUAUAUUGAAUUUUAGACUAGUGACAGCCAACACUGCCGAAGUAAUAUUUGCUGUCAUCGGUUUAUAAAGAAGAUAGAGAAUUCAAGAACAACCUUAGUAGAUACACUUGCAAUUAUUCAGGAGGCAAGGUAUAAAUUCAUGUCAGUACCAGAUGAGAUGGGGGAAGCAAAUAGGAAGAUAACAAAUGAAAUUUUUGGAAAGAAUCUAGUACUUAGCAGAUAAUGGGUAAGUUGUUGAAAGGAAAUACUGUUCAUCUUCCUCACAAUGUAUAAGGCACAAACAGUGUCAUCCACAACAUCAUGUGAUGUCGAAAUAUAAUUUUCUACAUACAAAAUCACAUUGCCUGAUAGGAGACACUUCCUAACAGUAAUAAAUUUCUCUUAGCAUUUUGGGCUCUUAAUGCAAAAUAAAGUGUGCAGAAGUAGAUACUAAUCAAUUUUUUAUUUGCAUAUUCCCCGUCUCUAAGUGGCUAAAAGCUUACAUAAACUUCUCAGCUCUAUAUAUAACAGUGUAUAAGAUUUGUCAUUUUGUUCUUUGAAUUACAAUACAUUACUCUCAUUUAAAAAGUCAAUUUCAAUUACUAAAUAUUUUGUAAAUCUUAUUUACCUUUACUAUAUACUUUAUUUCAUAUAAAAAAUAACACACACCUAUGAAAUUUGGCCUAUAUAUUCACCAGGGUACAAAGUUGCUUUUCAGAUAAUCACAUAAUACACUUAGUUCUUCUUGACAAUAAGAAUUCUGUGAUGGAAAAUUGGGAAAUUAUUAUAUGACUCUCUAAAAAAUGGAAAGGAAGAUUUUUGGUAGUAAAAAUUGCUUAAUAUUGCUUUAUAAUUUGAAAUGCACCAUUGUGGUAACAAUUAUUGUUGUGUUCUUAGCCCAGAAGGUACUAAAGAAUUUACAUUGGUGAAAUUUUGACAAAUAUAAAUAUUUAAAUGAAAAAACAGGAGAGUUUUAGUUUUUGGUAAAAGAUCAGGAUUCCCAAAAUAAUGACUCCUUCAAUUUUUUGAUUGGACUGUUAGUCGAGUUGGCAGGUACCAAAAAAAGGCACUAACCUGGAAAAACGUUUUCUUUGAAUAUGUUGUAUGUAUUUCGGCACUAGUUCAAACCCCCUAAGUUUUCGACCCCAGCAUAUGCCCGGGCUAACCCCGAGAGACCCGAAAAAACAUAAUUUAUUUCUGACUCUUUUCG